GACAAGGAUUGUUUUGAGACAAAGCUCCUUCAAAUAAAAGGACAAUUCUCAUAUUUCUAAAAUGCAGAGAACAGAACUGAGAACUGAAGUUAUGGUGCAAAAGGCUUAGUAUGACUCAGUUCUACCCGACCUGGAACAGCAGCAUCCUGCGUCUCUGUAACAGGAUUGGCUUUGAGUGAAGAUUUGUCAUUUGUAAAACAGAGAUUUGAUUCAAUUUACAACCAGAAAAUAUCAGAGUGCAAAAUGAAGAUCUUGUCUGUUGUCCACAUGGCAGAGAAUGGGAAUGAAACAGAGGAGCAAAAUGACAGAGACCCUCCUGACAUCAAUGUUACAGUUACUGCCUGUUGUAUUAUCAUGGUUUGCAUAUUCGGAAUGCUGGGAAAUGGAAUAGCCUUCUGGUACCUUUCGUUCAGAAUUCCAAGAAACAAAUUCACAGUGUAUAUAAUUAAUCUAAGCAUCGCUGACUUUACUUACCUAUUUUUUAAUUCAAUUCUCAUGGUAUUUCAGAUUGAUGAUUUGAUGGGUGUUCAUCCAAAAAUUCCAGGAAUAGUUAAGGUUAUUAUUUCAUUAGAGAUAUUUUAUGAUGGCGCAUACCAGGCUGGUAUGUUUUUCUUACUUGCCAUCAGCAUUGAGAGAUGUCUUUCGGUUUUCUACCCCAUAUGGUAUCGUUGCUGCCGUCAUAAACACCAGUCAUUAAUAGUCUGCAUAGGGUUGUGGUGCACUGCUGGGGUAGAAAGCUGUCUAGAAAACCUUGUCUGCACUGCAGAUGCAUUUGCAGCAAGAUCAGCUCAAUGUACAGGGGUUCAGGCAAUGACAUUUGUAUUGGCCAUUGGAAUCUCCCUCCCACUCAUGCUAUUUUCCAGCGCCAUUUUACUCAUCAAGGUCCAUAAAGCAUCAGUAAAAUGUCGACCUCCAAAGCUUUAUGUCAUUAUAGCUAUAUCGGUCUUUGUUUUUAUGGUUGCCUGUGUGCCUAUCAAAUUUAUGUGGCUGCUAAGGUACAUGAAACUUUUGCCACAUAAUUUCCGAUCAGUGCAUUUCUUUUUUGCCAGCAUCUUGUGUACUGUAUUUGGGAGUAGUAUUAACCCAUAUAUCUACUUCAUGGUUGGAAGACAAAAGAAGCAAAAUUUGCGUGGUUCAAUUCACUCUGCUCUACAUAAUGUCUUUCAUGAAGAGGAGGAUGAAACAGAGAAAACAUUUGCAAAGAGCUCCGGAAUUAGUUAUAUUAGUUAGCAUGUCAAUUCAAGUAGUUUAAAGUGUAACUGUACACAGUAAUAGAAGACUUGUUUAAACCAAUUAUGUAGGCAUUACAAAUAUUUUUUAAAUAAUACCUCAAAAUGUCUUUGUGUCACCACUUGUAAUUCUGCAUAUCAGCAUUGGGACAAUUGACAGCAUUGUUAGCCAAUCAGGCUUUACUGCAUUGCACAGUGCUGUAAUUGUAAUAAAUGUAGCUUGCUGAUUAGAGGAGAGCGCACAUUUAUGUAAUCAUUGAGCUAUUUCGCCAACAACUCAGUUUACUGAGCUGUAUUGCCUUGACUGAAAUGAAGACAUGUAUUUGGUGAGCCUAUUGUGUCUAGCAGAUAUGUAUUUUUGGAAUAUUGGCUGAACAGAGUUACAGAUCUUACAGAAGAUAAGGCAGAUCAUGCAUUUCAAUUGUAUAUUUAGCAACAGAGAAGACCAGCCACAUGAAGGUACAUUACAGCAAAAAUGAAUAUAAAUAAAGCUUUACAAGCUUUAUGAACCUAUGGCCCAUUCAUCCUGCCUGUAUGCUAAAACGCUCUGUUUUAGAGUGCCAGACAGUGAUGGGGCUUUACAAUUAAUUUUAAUUUUUAAUUAGAAGUGUACACUACAUUCAAGUCCCUGCACAACCGCACAUUAUUCUGCACUGCACAUCAUACCAACAUUGUGGUGUGAAAAGGACACAUUGAAAACAAUUGUUAUGUAUAUGCUUUUGUGGUGAAUGGCAUUGAUCCAGUUGGAAAAACGCCAUUCACUGCAUACUGUGUGAAUGGGUCCUAAAUGUAUUUGGGUAUUCUUUGGAUCUUGCUGGUAACCCUACAAACCUAGCUACUUUGCAAAGUUACUCAUUAUUGAAUAGUUGAAAAAGGGGGGCAUAUGCAAUCAGAUAUUUGACAUUUUUAAUGCAUAAUGAUCUGUAUAUUUUUAACUUUAGAUCUACAGGACUGAUUUACUAAAUUAGUACAGACUGUUCACUCCAAUCAUCCGCAAGCAGAAAUGCAGUUUUUUCCCCUACACAUACCUAAUUGCAUAUUCCAAAGUUAACACAGGACCUUAUUCAGCUCAACAAACCUUCAUGUUUCAAAGUUAAUAUUAACUUUUCUAAGUGCCCUUUUACAUUAACAACUUAGCACCAGCUGCACGCAAAUAUGCGGCAUCUCGGCAGGGUAGGCCUUGGUGCCGAGCGGCCCACAUAUUUGCGUUCAUUAGUGCAAAUGCAGCUGUGCCAGUGGCUAACAGAAAGCUCACGAUCGCUGCUUGCAAUCAGGAACUUUCUGAUCCUGUGACCACUGUGACAGCCAAUUACGGCGAUCACAUGAUCAUAAACCCCGCCCGCCUCCCAGCAUCCGAAACCCUUUGAAAGGCCAGGAGGCACUGGCGCAAAGAGGUUAAUAUUGAUGCGCUUUUGUGCAUUUCAGGGGUACAUUUACACAAAAUGCAGUGGGACUGUGUGUGGGCACAGUGCACUAAGAAAAAGUACUUUUUUUAUCAAUGCAGCAUGGUGAGAGGCACCAUACCAUACAAUGCAUCGGGCAAUUGAAGUUUAUGAGAUGUCUUUGUGACAUCUGAAUAAAGUUUGUAAAAAAAAAAAA